AUGGGAGUCCACGAUCUCUGGGAGCUUUUCUCCCCCGUCAGUCGCCGCGUCUCCUUCAAAACCCUUGCCGAAAAAACUCUCGCCGUUGAUAAUCCUCAAACCCUAUUCCUUUUAUGCGAGCAUAUGGAUGGUGCAGUUUAUGAAAGCGAUGCACGACGAGAAGGGCGAAAUGGUUCGGAACGCCCAUUUGCUGGGCUUCUUCCGUUUCAUUUGCAAGCUUAUGUUCCUCCGCACCAAGCCAGUCUUUGUCUUCGACGGUGGAACCCCUGCCCUCAAGCGUCGCACUGUCGUCGCCCCCCACCGCCAGCGCGAAAACGCCUAAGCUAA